CACGUUUUCGCAGUUUCCCCUAUUAAAUCCAGUCACGCAACAGGUUCUUUUACCACUCAGUCCAGCUGAGGGAACGCGUUUUCGGCGGGAAAGUGACGUCGAUGCAUACCCUCUAUACUGGGGAUUUAGGGGGGUAAUAAUCUGUCGGGUGUCAGAAUUUGGCAAAGCAGGUGUACCAUAUUCUGAAAUAUUCGGUGGCAUACGUGAAUAUUCAUGAGAUUCCUGUUUCGUGUUAAAACGACUCCGGAUCACAGAAACUGUUUUCAACCAAAGUAAUUUUAUGUUUCAGCAUCGAAUGAAGUUAAGCUUCGAAUUCAAUUGUUUAUCUGUGCACAAAAUGCUAUAAAUUGUCAUGUUAACGAUUGCGGUCAUAGAUUAGCCUAAAUGAGCCUACUGCUUUUAAGUAUUUUGUUAUAUUCUUCUGUUUUGCCUUUAAAAGUAUGUUGUUUGAUUACGUUUCCUAAAUGUAUAGGCUUGUAUAUGGUGGCAUAGGCCUAAUAAAAAAUUGUGUAAAGACCAAAAUCUUGCUCACUGCAUUAAAAGAGUAUGGUGAGAAAUAAAGAAUAAUAUAAACACCCUUAAGUAAGCUGUUAAUAACUUUUUAACUUCUUCAAAUAAGGUAUUUCAUGGACAAAAGGUGUCCAGGGUUCCACAUGACAGGACCUCAACCUGCAAUCAGAUGGUAUUUCAUGGGUAUAUAGAUGCUGUUUGCAAUGGAUGUAGCUGUUAUAAGUCUAUACAGUACAUUUAAUGAACUAUAUUACAUUAUGUUCCUGAAAUCCACUCUGAAUCCUUUGCUGGGAUCAGGAUAGUCUACCCCAAUCCAACUAAAAGGUUUUGAACAGCUCUUUAUAAUAUUCUUUAAUCAAACCUUCCCCUCAGUUUAUGCGUGCACGUCGCUUCUGAGCAUGUUCAUGAGGCAUGAUAUCAGUAUCCUCUAUUCUUGGACUUCUGAUCAACGCCGCGGGGAUUCAGCGACUUCGGGAAAUCAUCCGACCCAAAAAAGAUCCCACCCCUUCCCUAUAUAUUUGGCCGCAUUAGAAACGUUCAAAAACAAGGACUUACUGAUUAAAUAAGUCGGUCUGUGAAGAUUUAAAGCUGAUUUAAAGGCAGUAGCUUCGGUGUUUUAGUUUCACUUUCGAUUUGAAGUAAUCGUCAUUUCGUCUAACGGAGCGUCAGAAUGGUGAACUGCGGUCUUAUGACUGAGAAAAAUGAGCCAGUGCCUCUGAAGAGCAUCUCAGUGGAGGUUCGGGUUCAGGAUCAUGUAGCCACAGUCUCCUCCACUCUGCAGUAUGUGAAUGAGGAAGAGCGCCCCCUGGAGGCCUUGUUCGUCUUCCCUCUGCCUGCUGAUGCUGCUGUCUGCCACUUCAGUGCCAAGAUCGGAGAGCAGGAGAUUGUGGCAGAGGUGCAAGAAAGAGAAACCGCGAGGGAUCAGUAUGAUGACGCUGUGAGUUCGGGUCAGCAGGCGUUUCUGUUGGAAGAGAGCAAAGAGAGUCCUGAUGUGUUCAGACUGAGUGUCGGGUGUCUGUCGCCGGGUCAGAAGGCUGCCGUCACCAUCAUCUACGUCACCGAGCUCGCUGUGCAGGCCGACCACUCGCUGCGCUUCUGUCUGCCGGCUGUACUCAACCCCCGAUACACACCAGCAGGUUCAGCUGCUGGUAUAGUCUCAGAGAUUUCAUCAGGAUGUGGAUCUGUUCCCUACACGCUGACUCUCAGUGUCCAUGUGAGCUCUCCAAAGCCCAUCUCCAAACUAGAGUCCAGCUGCACUCUGGAUCCUCUAGUGUUCCUCCACUCUGAUCACACUCAGGCGACGGUGAAUCUGAGUCCUGGUCACAUGUUUGAUAGGGACGUUGAGCUGUUUGUGUUCUAUCAGGAUACCCAUCAGCCCUCUGCUAUAGUGGAGGCAGGAGUGACCACUGCCCCAUCAGGCUCUCUGAUGAGGCAUCCAGUAGUCAUGAUAAGUUUGUACCCAGAGUUCCCAGAAGAAAUUACUCAAGGAGAGUUUAUUUUUGUGAUGGACAGAUCAGGCAGUAUGGGCUACACACGGAUAGAAAGUGCAAAGGACACUCUGCUGUUACUGUUGAAGAGUCUGCCCAUGGGAUGCUACUUCAAUAUCUAUGGAUUUGGCUCUGAAUUUGAAUCCUUCUACCCUCAGAGUGUCGAGUACAAUCAGGACACAGUGGAUGAGGCUCUGAAGAGAGUGAAGGAAAUGCGAUCAGACAUGGGCGGCACAGAGAUUUUAGAGCCUCUAAAACAUAUCUACAGUCAGCCCUGUAUGCCCACCCACCCCAGACAGCUGUUCAUCUUCACUGAUGGAGGGGUGGAGAACACUAAAGAGGUGCUGGACCUGGUGAAACAUCAUGCUCACUCUCACAGGUGUUUCUCAUUCGGGAUUGGUGAGGGUGCAAGUACCGCCCUCAUCACAGGAAUGGCCAGGGAGGGAUCUGGUCACGCUCAGUUCAUCACAGGCACCGACCGCAUGCAGCCCAAAGUGAUGCAGUCCCUCAGAUUUGCGCUGCAGUCCAUAGUGGUUAAUAUCUCUGUGGAUUGGACCCUUCCAGAUGGCAUUACUGUUGACACACUGUCUCCACCCAUCAAUAUGCUCUACCAGGGUCAAAGGUCACUCAUUUACGCUCAACUUAAAGGAAAGAGUUCAGGAGGCUCUGAGGGAACAGUGACAGUCAAAUACAGUCUUAAAGAUCAACCAGUAACAAACCAGCUCCACUUCUGCCUCAGACCAACUGAGGAAACAGGGUUGGCUCUCCACCGGCUGGCGGCUCGAACCCUGAUCCGUUCUCUGGAGCAGAAAGAAAGAGAUGGUGGUUCAAAGCUGGAAAGCAUCAGGUGCAGGAUAGUGAAGCUCAGUGUUCAGACAGGAGUGAGCAGUGUUCAUACAGCCUUCAUUGCCAUUAAUAAAGACUGCAGACAGACUGUGAAAGGACCCCUGCUGCAGAGAAGAGUGCCGACACGCGGUUAG